AUGUUCGUUUUCCCGCGGGCAAAGUUUGCUCAAGGCACCAAGACCAUCCUCAAGGUCUCCUGCGAGCACGCUUGGAAAUGUCAGAAGUGCCAGGCCGUGGUCAGGUCGACCCCGUUCGUUAAGCGCCACUCCAAGGGGCCUUGCCCGGAGACGCGGCCGGCCUUUGCACAGCGGCAGAUUCGACGACUUCGUGACAUUCGACAGUGGUUGCAGACGCAGAAGAACCAUCAGUGCAUGCGGGCCAUCGACAAGCCCCUCUUUGCAACCUUCACCUUCUUUCUGACGGCGAACCUCAACAAGACGGGCAUCACCAAAAACCCUCUGGCCGCUGAGCUGGCCAGGGAGGCCCAAGCCUCUUUUAUUUCUCUGCAGGAGAUCGAUGUGAACUAUCUCUCUGCUCCCGGCUUUGUGGAGGCUUGGCGGCACGAGGGCUACAGUGCGCUCCUGAGCGCUGGCGAUGUGAACAAGGGCUCACAUAGGGUGGCUUUGGUUUCGAAAGUGCCCCUUCGACAGGUCAAUCUGGGUUUGGCUAGGGCGCAACCGCGCCAUGUAGCUGGGCUGGUGGAGCUGUGCAGCGGCUCCCGCAAGCAUCACCUCUUAGUGAUUGCGGCCUACGGCUUUCCUGGCGAUCUGGAGGCCACCUCUGAAAUGCUGCGCGAACUGGUGGAGGCUGCGCGGGCCUUUGGUGGCUCCUUUGUGAUCUUCGGUGACUUCAACGCUACUGCAGAUGAGGGCUACAUCGUCGAAGCUACUGCGAGUGGAGUGGUGAAAGUGCUGGACGCCGACUUCGAGGAGGCCCUCCCCUUCACCAACCCCUACCGCGCAGACCUGAACACCGGAGAAAAGCGACGCACCCGCCGCAUCGACUAUGCCAUCGCGGACCGCAGUACUCUGGCCAGCAGGGUGGAGCACUUUGAGCGUCCGGAACUUUCGGACCACCUCUGUGUGGGCUAUGACCUCGAGGUGGAGUGCCGCCGAUCUGACUACGUGCUCCCGAAGUUCCACGAGCUCUCACUGCAAGAUGAGGCGGCCAUUGGACUCAACUUCGACGCCGUCUGGGACGAAGAGCUGUUCUCCACCUACCUCGACGCGGAUCAGCUGGACGAGGCCUGGACGCAGCUCUCGGAUGUGGCCGAGUGCUCUCUGGGUGCCGACUUCUUCGGCUGGGCGGACAGAAGCAGACGUAGCUCCUUUUGGGAACCUGUGCGACCUCGACGAGCUGAGCACCGAUGCGGAGAGCAUGGGCACGAGUCUCGUGCAACGCAACUUCUUCGUGGCCUCCUUGGGCGACUGUCUCAGCUUCGCCAACAGCCUCACGAUGAACACCUUCAACGUGCUAUUCGACGAGGUUGUGGUCAGCUGCGGCGCGUGGUCCCGGGCUUCCCCUACAUCGACCUCUGCUACAUCGACGCCUCCAUCGACGCCGUCUCCGAGCUCUACAACGUCUACUCGGAGCAGGAGCGCAACGCAAGGCUGGAAAGAUGGCGCGUGGACACGCAACAGCAGUGGGCCAAGGCCCACACCUGGGUCAAGCGCAAGGCUGAGGAGGCGUUGAAGCUCCAGGGGCCCACUGUGAGCCCUGAUGCGAUCCCCACCUGCGUGCAUCCUGCUUCCAUGGUGGCUGAACAUGCAGAGUUGUGGCACAAAAAGUGGACCUCAUCUAGCACUUCGAAUGACGCCAGUGCUGUGCGCGGCAUACUGGCCUCCUUGCAGCAGUUUCCCCUCUCAGACCUGAAGUUCGACCUCAGCCCUGAGGACCUCAUCAGAGCUACAAAGAAGAUGAAGGGGAAGAGCCCUGGAGCAGACCAAUGGACGCCUGAGCAGCUCCUCGCCCUCCCAAAGGCGUGGUGGGCUGCUGUGGCGCGCUUGUGGUGCCGGGUUGUUGCCUGCUCCUACGUUCCUGUGGCUUGGCGCAGAGCAGUCGUUGCGCUGCUUCCCAAGCGUGACGAGGCCACUCGGCCAAUCGCCUUAUGCUCUGUGAUCUGGAGGGCCGGGGCGAGGUGCAUGAAUGCGCAACUUCGGGGUUGGGUCGACACUUGGCUCAACCACCUGGCACUUGGAGCGGCCCCUCAGCGGGGAGUUCAGGACGGCCAUGCACGAAUCCUGCAAGCUUGGCACAUGGGAUGCCGCCGCUACGUGAAGCAGGAUUUGUCUGCCUACUUCGACAGCUUGAACAUCGAGGCGGUGGAGCUGGUCCUGGCACGACUUGGGGCUCCUCAGUGGCUGGCGGGGCUCCUGCGGUCCUUCUACACUGAGCCCCAACGCCUCUUCAAGGCUGGGGGCUGCUUUGACGCUCGUUGGCGCACUACCACCGCCGGUUUCUUGCAGGGGUGCCCGUUGUCUCCGGUCAUCGCAUUGGCGGUGGGGGCCACAUGGGCCGAGUACUGCAGGUGCUCAGACGUGGACUUGAUGAUCUUCGUCGACGACAGGGCUCUUUGGCCUCUGCCUCAUGCUGCUUGCCCAGCUACAGCUCUCCGGGCUGCCUUGCAAAGGAGCGACCGCUUUGACGAGGCCUUCAAGUUUGUCUGCAAGCCCACGAAGUGUGCAAUCGUGGUGCUCGACUCUGACUCUUCUCUGAACGAGCUCAUUGCUGAACGGGGUUACUCCAGAGAAAGCUCUCUGGAGCUUCUUGGCAUCGAGCUGAAGCUCAGCGACGGGGCCACCUCGUUGUUAAAGCUGUCGUUGCAGACUCUUUUGCUGCGACUUCGAUACCUACGACUUCUGCGACCUCGGAUGGAGUACCGACGCCGUAUCCUCACCAGCCUGAUUCACUCAGCUUUGUUUUGGGCGGCUGGGGUGGCUAGGCCUAGCGCACGUGAAACACAACAGCUUCAGGCAGAGAUCACUGCGACUCUUAAGGACUGCAUCACCGAGGAGACGCCCCAGGUGCUCGUCUACGCGGUCUUUGGCUGGCAGUUUUCAGUAGAGUGGUACGGCGACUGGGCCGCGCUGAAGACGGCCUGGAGGUUUCAAACCCGCCCUCCUGCAUGGCUCGACACCGUCAGCUUGCAGGACACCUUUGUACCGUGGAUUCGCGUGGCGCCAGCUGCUCUGGCUGUUUUGGACCGGAUGGGAUGGAGUGCCUCGGCCAACGGCAAGGUGCUGCACCGCACCGAUCCCCGAGGAGACACACGGCGCUUCUUCUUUGGCUACGACAACCUCGGCGUCCUCAAGCACUGGCUUAAGGAGGAGCACCAACGGCGAGGCGUGCACCGAUGCGGGCGAGUUAAGCGGUCGCUUCAUCGCGCCGAACCCGAGUGUGCACGCGGUCUCGCACUACCUGGUCCCCCUCACGGUCAACACCACGCCCUUGCUGGACACCGUCUUCUUGGUCGACAAGGCCCUGUGGAGCUGCGGCGCGCGGCCAUGGCAACUGGAGGUAGUGCGUGGCACACUGCUGCGAAACUUCGCCGUCCUCGGGACGUGCCAGUUCAGUGCCUGUGCGGGGGCCUAUGGCCCAGCCGGGCCCACCUCGCGUGGGCGUGCGAGAAAACUGCGGUCUGCAGACAUGAGGUGCCUUUGCCCCGUGAACGCGCUCAGGAGCGGCUUUUCGCUGCCCAGAUCGAGGCGUACCCGCCGGCGCCGCCAGCUGUGGACUUGGAGGGAUUCGAGCAGGACGUCGCUGACCACCUCGAGGCCUUCUUCAAGGACGACGCGGAGCUGUUCCUCGCAAGCGACGGCAGCGCCAAGGAGGGAGUUGGAGCCUUCGCCAUCGUUACCGCCGAGGCCUCUUUCGGUACGGGUGAUGCUUCGGAGGACCAAUCUGCGUUCAGAAACGAGGCCCUGGCACUGCUCUACAUCACACGUGCUCUACAACGACUGCCUGGAGAUCGACGAGGACGUGUUCAUGUGCUUUGCGACUGCCAAGCUGCACUGCAAGGAGUGGCUCGGCCGGGCAUGUCUGCUCUUCCUUGCAUCUUCGAGGAGAUUGCGACCAAUCUGCGGAACUUGCAAAGUCGGGGCAUUGCUGUCAGCCUCACUUGGGUGCCUGCGCAUGGCAGAAAGAGGCACUGGAGGCCACCUGAUGGAAUCAGUGCUGAGUUGUGCCGGGACCUCAACGACAAGGCCGAUGCUGCGGCCAACUGUGCACGUGAGAACAGAGCUGCCCACUCCAGACGGGCACUUUGGCACCAGGCCUUUGAAGAGGCCACUGCUUGGGAAACGCAGGCGAUCCAGGCUGCUGCGGCUGCUGGGCUGCUUCUGGCUGCUGCUGUGGAGAGGCAGCCUGUGCCUGCAACUGAGCCUGAGGGCUCCCUGGACUAA